AUGGCUAAAAAAAUCACCAUUACGAUCCCUACAAGCACCCAAGCUUUGUAUAGAUUGAUUAGUUUGGUUUUAUUAUUCUCUGCAACUAUUGCUUUGAUAUUCAAUGGUAAUAAAUUGUUCAAGAAAGAAUCUGCAUUAAGCAGAAAGAAGAACAUGAUAUUUGACAAUGAUCAAAACGAAAUUGUAGAUGUUAAAUAUGAUCCAAACUUCAAAUAUGUUAAAUAUAAUAAUCCAGAGUAUUCUGGUAAAAAGGUCAGAGCAACUUUUGUUACUUUAGCUCGUAACAAGGAUUUAGAAGGUUUGUUACCAACUAUUAAAUCAUUAGAAGAUAGAUUUAACUCUAAAUUCCAUUACGAUUGGGUCUUCUUAAAUGACGAUGAAUUCACUGAUACUUUUAAAAGAACUGUAUCAGCAAUGAUCAGUGGUGAAGCUAAAUUUGGUGUUAUUCCAAAAGAACAUUGGUCGUUCCCAUCUUGGAUUGAUCAAGAUCGUGCCAAGAAAGUUAGAGAAGAGAUGAAAGAGAAGAAGAUUAUCUAUGGUGAUUCUAUUUCUUAUAGACAUAUGUGUCGUUUCGAAAGUGGGUUCUUCUGGAGGCACCCAUUAUUAGAUGAAUACGAAUUUUAUUGGAGAGUUGAACCUGAUGUUUCUUUACAUUGUGAUAUUGAUUAUGAUAUUUUCAGAUUUAUGAAGGAUAACAAUAAGAAAUACGGUUUUACAAUUUCUAUUAAGGAAUAUGUAGCUACAAUUCCAACACUAUGGAAGACCACUACUGAAUUUAUGCAAUUACAUCCUGAAUUCUUGGCCAAGGAUAACAUGUUAGAUUUUGUAAGUGAUGAUGAAGGUAAAACAUAUAAUUUAUGUCAUUUCUGGUCGAAUUUCGAAAUUGCUUCAUUAGAUUUCUGGAGAGGUGAUGCAUACACUCAAUAUUUUGAAUUUUUAGAUAAUGCAGGCGGUUUCUUCUAUGAAAGAUGGGGUGACGCACCAGUUCAUUCUAUUGCUGCUUCAUUAUUUUUGAACCGUGAUGAAGUUCAUCAUUUUGGUGAUUUAGGUUAUUUCCACAAUCCAUUCCACCAAUGUCCAAUUGAUGAAGUAUUCAGAUUAGGUAAUAGAUGUGCCUGUAAUCCAAAGGAUGAUUUUACAUGGAAGGGUUAUUCCUGUGGUACUAAAUAUUACGAUGUUAACAAGUUGAAGAAGCCAGAAAACUGGGAAAAAUUCAAAUGA